UUUUUUUAAUUUCUUAAAAUUUACUUGAUUAAAAUUUGGUUUGCUUGUUUUAAUUAUUAGUUAAUUUUCUGAAAAUGUUGACUCUAUUGCCUAAAGCAUCAGCAUCUUUGAUUGCCACAAAUGCAAAAAAUGUUUCGAUAAAAAAUGAAAAAGCAGACCUCGUUGCUAGAAAGAUCAUUGAAGAACUGAAAAAUGGCAACUUGAGUUUAAACGUUUUUUCUUUAUCCAAAUAUCAUCCAAUUAAAAAUUAUUCUAAUGCUAUUGAUUGGAUUUUCAUCUCAGAUGCAUUGAAUUUUUGUUUUUGGAAUGAUAAAAGUAGCCCUAAAUGGAAAGUUAAUGGAGAAAGCGGAUAUUAUGCGUUGUGUGCAGCAUUGAAAAGAGCAAUUGAGGAUGGCAUAGACAUUACAAAUGCAUCUUUUCUAUCCAAAAUAACUCUCAAUGAAGUGAAAAAUAUUUUUCGGGGAGAUGAAGGAAGUGGCUUGUGCCCACUUUUAGAAGAAAGACUAAAAUGUUUAAACGAAGUUGGAAGCGUACUCGCAGAAAAAUUUAAUGGUACAUUUUUGACUUGCAUUGAGACAUGUGAAAAGUCUGCUAUGAAAUUACUCGAUAUCAUAGUCUCAAAUUUCAAAUGUUUCCAAGAUGUUGCUGUUUUUUGUGAUAAUGAUAAAUGUCAGAAAGUUUCUUUUUACAAAAGGGCUCAGAUAUUAGUAGCGGAUUUAUGGACAUAUUUUGGUGGCCAAGGCCUCGGAGAAUUUUACGAUAUUAAUAAGAUUUCCAUGUUUGCGGAUUAUAGGGUACCUCAAGUUUUAUUACAUUUCGACAUGCUCGAAUACAGUAAGGAAUUAUAUGAAAAAUUGAGUUCUGAUGACCUCUUAACACCAGGCUGCUCUGAAGAGAUUGAAAUUCGAGGUUGUUCAAUUCACGCAGUGGAAAUUAUAGUUUCUAAAUGCAUCGAAUUGAUAAAUGCUGACGAAAAUUUAGCAAAGGAAAAUCAUAUUAUUAACUCCAUAAUAGUGGACUUUUUCUUAUGGACUUAUAGAAGAGAACACACAGCAGAGCUGGAGCAUUUGCCAUUCCACAAAGUUCGGACAAUAUUCUACUAAUUCAAUUCAUUGAACACUGUGAUUCAUUAUUUUUUUAAUAAAUUUUUAAAUCAUUAACUAUGAAUUUGU